AUGCCCGAGGGCGGCGGUGGCGACGGCGGAGAGGUGCCCACGCUCAUCCCGGACGGCGAGCUGCGGGAGGAGCAGCGGCCCUUGAAACAGUCCCUGGGAAGCUCCCUGUGCCAUGAGUCGCACUGGAAGUGCCUGCUCCUCACACUGCUCAUCCAUGCCUGCGGGGCUGUGGUGGCCUGGUGUCGCCUGGCCACUGUGCCUCGGCUGGUCCUGGGGCCUGAGGCAGCCUUGGCCCGUGGGGCUGGAGGCCAGCCACCCACUUACCCUGCCAGCCCCUGCUCGGAUGGCUACCUGUACAUCCCACUGGCCUUUGUUUCCCUCCUCUACCUCCUCUACCUGGCUGAGUGCUGGCACUGUCAUGUGCGGUCCUGCCAAGCACCACGCACUGAUGCCAACACCGUGCUCGCCCUGAUCCACCGGCUGCAGCAGGCCCCGCCCUGCGUCUGGUGGAAGGCCACCAGCUAUCACUAUGUGCGGCGCACACGCCAGAUCACCCGUUACCGCAAUGGUGAUGCCUACACCACUACACAGGUCUACCACGAGAGGGCUGACAGUCGCACAGCUCGUGGUGAAUUUGACUACUCGGCACAUGGCGUCCGCGAUGUCUCCAAGGAGCUCGUGGGCCUGGCUGAGCAUGCAGCCACGAGGCUGCGCUUCACCAAGUGCUUCAGCUUUGGCAGCGCCGAGGCCGAGGCCUCAUACCUCACCCAGAGGGCCCGCUUCUUCAGCGCCAACGAGGGCCUGGACGACUACUUGGAGGCCCGCGAGGGCCUGCACCUGAAGGAUGUGGACUUCCGGGAGUCGCUCAUGGUCUUUGCUGAUCCGCACAGCCCACCCUGGUAUGCCCGGGCCUGGGUCUUCUGGCUCGUGUCAGCGGCCACGCUUUCCUGGCCCUUGCGUGUUGUGGCAGCCUACGGCACAGCCCAUGUGCACUACCAGGUGGAGAAGCUUUUCGGCGCCAGCUCGCCGCCUCCAGGGGCUGUGCCCAGUGGGCCCCCUCUCUCCCGUGUGGCCACAGUGGACUUUACCGAGCUCGAGUGGCACAUCUGCUCCAACCGGCAGCUGGUGCCCAGCUACUCGGAGGCUGUGGUCAUGGGCGCCAGCUCUGGAGCCUACCUACGUGGCUGCCAGCGCUGCCGCCGCUCCAUCAGCAGCAACUCGCUGCCGCCUGCCCGGCCCAGUGGGCCCCGCCUGCCCUUCAGCCGCAGCCGCCUCUCGCUGGGAGCUGGUGGCAGGGCCACACCAGGGGUCUUUCGCAGCCUAAGUGGGGGGCCGCUGGGGCGCCGUGGGGAGGACACGGAGCCCCUAGAGAGCCCACCCUGCUAUGAGGAUGCCCUUUACUUCCCGGUGCUCAUCGUCCACGGGGACAGCGGCUGCCAGGGGGAUGGGCAGGGUGUGCUCUGA